AUGCGUUUCACCAUCGUUGUUGUCUCGUUCUUUGCGGCCCUCGCUGCCGCCUACACCCAGCCCAAUUACUCCAGGCCUCCGCAGGGCAAUGCGAUCGCCUCUCCUGGUCUGAACGAACAGGUACCUAAGGGGAAGCCUUACGAGAUCAAGUGGGACCCUACGCUUGGCGACCGCAUCUCGCUGGUACUCCUCCGCGGCCCUAGCUCCAGCGUCAAGCCUCUGGAGACCAUCGUCGAGAAUAUUUCUAACUCCGGUCACUACACCUGGACUCCUAGUACCGGGCUGACGCCAGAUGUAACUCACUACGGACUUCUCCUCGUUGUUGAGGACACCGGCGCCUACCAGUGGUCUACCCAGUUCGGCAUCUCUAAGCUCGAGGGCUCGAGCUUCGACACCUCCACCCUCAUUAGUGAUAUCACCACCAACAUAUUACCCGAGAAGAGCAGCACCGCUCCUGUGAUAACACCGACCGUGUCCGCGGCGUUUGUUCCUGUCUCGCAUAUACCCCAGGCCGCCAGCACCAUGCACAACACCUCUGUUACCCGGCACACUGCCUCUGUCACUAUAUCCGGCAUCCUUCCGCCAGUCAACACCGGUGCUGCGGGCCGCAACACUGUCAGUUUGGGCGCUGUGAUGGCCAGUUUCGUCGUCAUGAUCUUCUAA